GCAGAAGCAGAAGCAGAAGCAGAAGAGAAGAAGAAGAAGAAGCAGAAGAAGAAGAAGAAGAAGAAGAAGAAGAAGAAGAAGAAGAAGAAGAAGAAGAAGAAGAAGAAGAAGAAGAAGAAGAAGAAGAAGAAGAAGAAGAUAAAGAAGAAGAAGAAAAGGAAGAAGAAGAAGAAGAAGAAGAAGAAGAAGAAGAAGAAGAAGAAGAAGAAGAAGGAAGAAGAAGAAGAAGAAGAAGAGAAGAAGAAGAAGAAGAAGAAGAAGAAGAAGAAGAAGAAGAAGAAGAAGAAGAAGAAGAAGAAGAAGAAGAAGAAGAAGAAGAAGAAGAAGAAGAAGAAGAAGAAGAAGAAGAAGAAGAAGAAGAAGAAAGAAGAAGAAGAAGAAGAAGAAGAAGAAGAAGAAGAAGAAGAAGAAGAAGAAGAAGAA